GUUAGAGCGAAAGCAUUUGUUAUUGUAGCACUUCAAGAUGGUCUCUUCUAUGACUAACAAGCAUCAAGAGCGUGUUACACACAUGCAAGCACAGCAACAGCAUACUUUUUUAAUAACAGUUACCUUGAUAUACAAACUCGACGACCUCGUAUAGACUACGAAAAUCAAAGCUGACGUAGACUUACACCGCAAACCUGUUUGUAGUUAGUCUCAGGAAGUUUAGUGACUUCCAUCAAUUUACAAGCAAAUGUUGAUAUUUUAUGGAGGUCAGUCGGUAAUAUGAAUGCGACGUCUAUUAAGAACUUUCAUACGCUAACGUACGAUCUAGAAGGAACAGAAGCUGAAGAAACUAUUAUUGGUGGGAGUUCCACAGGACAAUUGCAUAAUACUCUGGGCAAUAAUCUUAAUCCUCAUUCGGCUAAAAAAAUUCACGAUGAUGAAGAAAAAAGGCAACCAAACUAUCGGUCAAGUUCAACAGAAGAGUCGAAACAAAACUUUACAACUGAGCUUGUGAAUAAAUCUAAUGAGGGACAAUGGAAUUUAAUUAAAGUUCGUGUAGGUUUUGAUGUUACACGUAAAGGUGAAAGAAGUCUAGUUAUCAAUGGAUAUAAAUUUACAAAAUCAAGAGAUGGUAUGGGUGAUCGUGUAUUUUGGCGAUGUUCUCGUCGUGAAUGCAAAGCUACAGCAGUUACUGUUUCAAAUAAAGUAGAGCAUAUACGAUCGAUUCAUUCUCAUUUGCCACCAGUAGCUGCAGAAUUUUUUUCUGAAGAUUCUUCUCGUUGUGAACAAGAAGUGCGAUUUAACAAUUUAGUCUAUACUCAACGUUCUCGCAUUCGUAGACGUAGCCAACCGAGUCCUUCUAUGAAACUAUCAAAACCAUCAGUAACGAAAUCCUUUUUUCUUGAACAAAUAAAAGAAUUAGCCAACACAACUUCAUGUUCUGUAACAUCAAACGCAGUUUCGCAUAAAAACUAUUCUUCAAACCUAAGAAGUAUGGAUUGUUCAAAUGAUUUAUGCAUUGAUUCAAGUGAAUAUGCAUCUCCUAUAAAGAAAAGACAUUGUUCUGAUCAAGACCUAUCUGAUUACUCAACUUUACAAACAAUGUCUGCUCUUUUAACUAAAUGGGUCGAUUCCAAACAAGUGAAUAUAGGAAACGACGAGACAAAAGAAGAUCUCUCUAAUAUUUCAAAAUGUAUUUUACCUCCAAAGAAAUUGUCAAAUAAUAUCUUGACUAGUGAAGAAUACCAGUUAUUCAAUAGUAAUUCAGUUUUAGAUGUAAAUAAUUCUUCGAACGUUUAUGAGGAUUCCUUGUCAAAAGUAUCAAAAUCAGAAAGUUUCAAAAAAUUAACUACCCUGGCCACUUCAUCGAACAAUAUUUAUAAUCAUAGUACAGAAAAUGAUUUAAUAGGAAUAAAUAAAACCUCUCAAAUCAUCACACGGAACGGUACUACUGCUGAUGAAGACGAUACUAAUCGAGACUUUAUAAAUGAUAAUUCACAAAGAAAUUCCAUAAUUAAUAAUAUGUCAAGAACUCAGCAAUCUGAUAUAAGUUCACCUUCAAUAGACGUCAGUUCUCUUGAACACAACUGUCAACGUCAAAUUAUUCUCCUCAAUAACGAACAAUUGAAUGAAUUACUAAAAAUAAUAAAUUACAGUCGAUUCAACAAUACGCCAAUCCAAAGUGAAUCUAUGAAUUCACCUUCUUUACAAACAUCAAGUUUAGUCAAUGACAGUUUGCUUAAUUCUGUUGGGCUGUUCACAGCAUCCGAUCCUAAUUUAACUGGAGGUUUAGCACAGUGCACUACUACUUAUUGCUGUUCAUAUUACCCAAGACUUAACAGUAGAGUUGUGAAUCGCAAUAAUGAUUGUUGUCUACCAUCAUUUCAUCAUAUUUCCAGUUCUACAAACCUAAAUUCAAAUCCAAUUGUAUGUUCUUCUUUCAACAAUUGUUCGAAUAAUUUAUUCAAUAAAAUGUCCAAAUCAAUGGCAGUCAGUGAGAGUAAUAUUGAUGGCUGUGUAAGAAGGCCACUCAUUGAAACUUCACUGUCUUGGGAUACUGUUAAACAUGGAGAACAUGCAAAAUCCCUAUUUAUGUUCGUAAUGUUUGGAACCAGAUUAUGAGUUUGGAUUUGUUGGGAAAUCUAUGUUACCUUUUUACAAUUUAUGCUACCUUAAUAUGUUUCCGUAAACAUCCUGUAAUUUCUACUAUACAUUCUAAAUAUACAAACUCACUAGACAGUAACUAUAGUUACCUAGCUAUGACCUUGUGCUCUAAUAGUAUUUUCAGAUUAGUAAGCGUCUGUUAAUAUUUUUUCCAUUUGCCUUUGUGAUAAAAAUAGUGCACAUGUGUAAGUCGCAUGUUUCCUUCCCCUUUACCCAAAUUGUUCAAAAUAACAGCUUUACUAUUAUAUAUGUGUACAUGAUGGGAGAACGUGGGCGAACAUUGGCGAGUCACUUACGCAUAUCUCAAUUGGCUUUGUUUCUUAUUUUAGUGCUUACUAGUUUAAAUACAAUAAUAUGACUCAUCUCUUCACUAUUGUCUACUUUUAUCUCCAUACCCUGUCUCACCCAUCCUGCAGUUUGUAUGUUUAAUGUGCUUCCUAUAAAAACAUAGGACUUUAGUAGUUUAAUGAGACUACUAAUGUGAUAUUUCCUUUUUUUGAAAAAAGCGCUUAUUUCAGAUUGUAUAUGUGACCAGUUGAAUUUACAUAGAAUUAUUUUUGGAUGAUAAACAAAUCAUAUAAGUCUAUUUCUUUAGUUUGAGUCAUACACCUGAAUUUAAAGACAUGUUGAAGAUAGGUAGCCGUUAUUUCACUUAAUUAUCAAGCCUAUCUGACAAAGACCCAAUUAUGAGUGGAUGUAGAUAUGUAGGAGACAGGAGCAUCUUUGAAUUCUGUCAGGUUGAAAUACCACCGUUGUUUUAUUUUAUACACAAAGACUAGCGAUUUCUAAAUUGGAUUUUAAUGUGAGAUUUCUGGAAAGUCUUCAUUUAUGUUUUACUUCUGAUGACGUAGACAAUACCUAAGAAUACUCGUCUAGUCAUAAUAUAGUUGGAUUAUCAUGUAUGAAAAAGUAACAAUUAGGAGAUUUGUCAUUACUGCUAUUUCAAAGGCGUUGUUAUACUACACGAUGAGAAUGACGAAUUCAUCGUCGAUCCAGAGUUACUGAAUAAUUUUGGGUGAAAUAAAUGUGGUUGUGCCUAAUUUUCAAGGAUAUUGGGACUUUCAGUCAAACUUUCAAUUCUGAUUAUUACAUCUGUAGUAAUGGGUUUGAUACUUAACUAAAAUAACUAUUAUUUAUUGAUAUUAUUUAUUCAAGUCAACCAUAUUUCACAGGAAUUGUCUUUGAUUGUUGUUAAAUUGAUAUGCAUAGUACACUAGGUAAGUUACAUGACGUUUCAUAUCACGGCAAGUCAGUAGGUGAGUUAUUUAUCAAACCGAAAACCAUGACUCACGUUCCCUUCGUGGGAUCAGUUGGGUUAAAUAUAGAUGCAUGAGAUGUUUAAACACUAUUCGGAAUUCAGUUUUUUCUAUCGAACAGGACAGCGCACAGUAGUGUGUCAGUACCAUAACAAAAAAUGCCAUUCUAAACAUUUGAAUGGCUACUUAUUCUUUUCUAUCUGUAAGUGUGCUUGUCUAUAAAUUUGUGCAAAGUUACGGAAGUUAGACUGUUUUUUUUCUUAUUUUCAAACAUCUUAAAUCAAACAAUGUAUUAAGACAUACUACCGUCUAUCUCGAUUGAAUUCACUUCAACUAACUUUCAAUAAAAUAUGUUGGGCCAGCACUUUAUUUUAUUUCCAAUCGGAUAUAAACAGGGAUAAUAUUUUCUGGAAGUUUUUACAUAAUGUCAACUUGGUUUGUUACAUAAAAGUACUAUUUUCUUAUUGUUUUCUUUUUCAAAAUGGGAUUCAUGGUCAAUCAUAAGACACUCAUGUAAAUGGUCACAAAUCAUCAUCUCCGAAUUUUCUAAUUCAUUGGAAAAAGGAGAAAAUACGUGAAUCUGUUGAAGAAGACGGAGUCAAUUCGUUGAAUGGAUUCUAUGAUAAUAAUGAUACAUUUUCACAUCAACUCUAUCAAGAUAAAGAUCAUAAUGAUACAUUGGAAAUGGUAGAUAAUUACCAAAUAUCGGUUAAUAAUACUCCUAUGAUGAAUUGUUCAUCACAAUUACUUUCUCAUGGUAUGAAUAAUAAAUUUUCCAGUUACAAUACAUUCAGUUCGAAUUCAAGGACUACAAAUACUACUAAUAGUUAUGAUAGCAGUAGCAAUAGUAGCGCACGUGAAUUAAUUCAAAGUCAAUCUGAAAUUACCAUUCAGUCAUCAGACGAUGACCAAUUUUUAUAUAAUCAAAUCCAAGAUGGUAUUCUCAUGAAAAUACUUAAUACAGUACAACAGUUAACCGAUAAACUUGAUGCAGAUGCUGAUCCCCCUGAAGUAAUUCAAAAUUGUCGAGCUAUUCAAGCUUGCCUAGAUACAAUUACUGCUAUAAAAAGAGCCAAAUCAAAUCAGUUCUUUAUUGAUAAACAAGAUGAAACACGUUCAACUAAUACACUCGAAGAGUCAAAUGAUAAUUUACAACCCAGAGAAUUCACCUCUAAGAAUCAAGAAAAUUUCCAACCGUUUUCGCUUAAUUUCAUUCAAUCAUAAUCGUAUGAAUAGUUGUAAUACUCAUAACAAACAGUAAUUUCUUUGCUAACCGGGUUAGUUUUUCUAUAGAAACAGAAAAGAUUCAUUUUUUUACACAAAAGUAAAUAAUAUCACAUUUCUAAAGGAAUUAAGGUUAUUUUCGUAGUUAUUUUUCUGUGGAAGGUUUUUCUAUGCUUUAUUACGUUUAUGAUUCUGUGCAUUACUUGGAUACAUUAGCUAUUAUUUACACUAUUCCCAAUUCAUAUUCAAUAUUUGAGUUCUUCCAAUAAAAUAGUUUUUAUGUUAUGUUGUAUCAGUCAUUAAAAUUUUAAAAAAAGUUAGAUAUCAUAAUUCAUUUUUAGUCGCAUUUCAUAUAAUUACAAGAUUUUAGUAUUUUAUUCCUUAAGGAGUAUGUCAAUACAUUGAACACUGAAUGAUAUUAAAUCAAUAGACACUUCAUUCAUCUUUACUAGUUCCGAUUUUUUUUCUGUUAUUACGUAUUCUUGAUGUGUACAACAUAAAUAUUAUACUAUUUUUUACAGUUUUCUGCAUCAUAAUAAUUUUCAUAUUUGUAUUUUAAUGAAUAAUUUCUUUUCUUGAAAUCGUGUUACAUACAAGUUACAUACUAACAAGUAAACCUUUAAACAUAACUUUCCUCAUAGUAAAAUUCAUCGAAAAUACAAGAAAUGAUCCGAUAUUAGUCUCAGUACAUCAAUCGGAAUGCUCAAUUAUGAAGCAGAAGUCAAUCGACGAAGUUUUGCAGUUCAGACAAAAAAGCCUGCACCAUCAUCAUACGAAAAUUAUUCAGAUCACUACCAUUUUUUCGUCUCCAUCUAGUUCAAUCCAAAAGAACUGAAAACAACUAGUCAUAGUGGGAAUAAUACGAACUUGUAUGAAGGUGGUGUGACGAAUUUCACUGAAAUAAGAGAUAUUGAUCUACUGAGUUAGUGGUCAUCAAUGAUUAGAUAUACCUUUCAUUGAUUUCUGGUAUUUGGAAGGUUUCAUUGUACAAUCUGUCAAGACAUUACUAGCUAAACAUUUGUCAACCCGUUAUUUUAUAGUCUUUACUUUUGACAAGAAUUUGACCUCUUAGAAACAAUUCGAAAUAUCCUCGUAGUAAUCAGAGCGUCAAAGUCAAUGAUGCCAUGCAUUUCAAACUACGUAAGACCAAAUGACGAUGUAUGAAUAACUCAUAAGUGAAUAAUUAUUCAGUGCUAAUAAACAAAGAUACAUUUACAGCGUUAAUGUUAGAUAUUCAAAUGUAUCUGAAAGAUGGCAUAUAUACGACAGAAAUAAUUGAACAAAAGAAUAAAUACUAAAUAGUUUAUUCUGUUAUUACUCCAUAAUUCGACAGAAAAAUCUAUGACUUUAUUAAUUUAAUAAACAAACAUAAAACUGGCAAAUUUUACAACUUAUCAUUUCGUUUGAAUUUAUGAACUAAUCUAUCCACUUAUAGACGUUAAGAAC